AAAUACAUUUACAAAAUUAAAUGUGUUACAUUUACAAAAGAGACAAAUUACAGAAUAUCAUAAAAAACUUAUAAGUUCACUUCAAAAUAAUUCUAAAGAGAUAUAAUGUUUUCAAAAUGUAUGAUGCUUUUAUGCGUGAGUAAUUUGAUUAAGCUGAUAUUGUCAAAUGAGACAAUAGAAUAUUUAACACGUGUUAAGAUGAAUGAUAAAACAGAAAUGGACUAUUAUGCAGUCAAAUUAAAUUUUAAAUUUAAAUUCAAUUUAGUUGAUAAAGAGUGGAGAAAAAACAAAUGUGAAAGUUUGGGAUAUACGUUUAAAAAAGAUAUGCCAUUUGUGUUACCUUAUUUUCAAACUUACAAAUAUCAAGAUUUAUACAAAGUAUUGUCUGACCUAAUAUGUGGAGAUACAAAAUUUAGUACAUCACUACAAAAAAACAUUUGUUCAAGCAUAAAUACAAAUGAUGACAUUAAUAAACUUUUUCGUGAUGAAGAAUCUUUAAAUGAAUAUUUAAAUCAUAAUAUAACAUUUGUAAAUCCAGUUAAAGCUGAAGAAUGUCCAAUUUGUUUCAAUAAACCUGAUGUACUUGUUAUUUUGAAUAAAUGCCGUCACUGUUUAUGUAAAAACUGUGCUGAUACACUACUAAUUAGAGAUGAAAAUAAAUGCCCACUUUGUAGAAAAGAUUUUAGCUAUUACACAGACAACGUCGAAGGUAAUGUAAUUAGUUCAUGUAGUGUGGUAGAAUAUUUUGCUGCAGCAUAUUAUCUGGAUACAUGCAUCUUUUUAUAUUAUAAUGAAAAUAAAUGGAUGUUAUUUGACAAGAACGGGCUCAAAUACUCUGAAGAAGAUAUGGACGGCAAAAAGUGUAUUUAUCUCUUCCUAAAUAAGUAUAAUAAAACUAUUGGAGUUAUCGCUGAAACAGAAGAACUAUCUAAUUUUAGAGAUAAUUUAUAUUAAAAAUGGUUUAAAGAAGAUAAAUGUUAUACAGUUAAUAAUAUUGAAAAAAAAAAUUAUAUCUCAUUAA